UCCCUUACCUCCCUUUCUUUGUUCAUUCCUCCGCGUGCAUUGUUCCAUAUAUUCAAUUGCAAACAAUCGACUUGCCAGAACGUCAUCGACCGAAGACGCGGAUAUCAAUUGUUGUCGUGUGGAACAACAGCUGCAGAGCUUCCUCUGCCAGGUACAGCAGCCAAGAACUCAAGGCUCUCAACGAAGAACGGACCAGCAGGAAAGAACGGCCGCAAAGAUGAAGGUCGUAGACUUCGUCCGCUCUCAAUUCAAGAAGCUCCCUUAUCCAUCCGACGACUGCGCGGGCCGCACCAUCAUCGUCACGGGCUCCAACGUCGGCCUGGGCAUCGAAGCGGCGCGGCACUUUGUGCGGCUCAACGCCGCUAAGGUAAUCCUCGCCGUGCGCAGCACCGACAAGGGCGAGGCGGCCAAGACGGACAUUGAGCUCACGACGGGCCGGCGCGACGUGCUCGAGGUGUGGCCGCUGGACCAGGCGUCGUUUGAGAGCGUAAAGGAGUUUGCGGCGCGCGCAGACAAGCUGCCGAGACUGGAUUUCGCGGUGCUGAACGCGAGCAUUGCGACGAACAAGCAGGUUGAUGCCGAAGGGUGGGAGAGCACGAUUACGGUGAAUGUGCUGAGCACGUUCUUGCUGGGGUUGAAGUUGUUGCCGGUGCUGAGGAGGACGGGCAAGACGUAUAAUGUUACGCCCAAGAUUGUGAUUGUCGCUUCGGACGCGAGUCAAAUGGCCAAAUUCCACGAACGCAACGAGGAGGACAUUUACAAGGCUCUCAACACCAACAAGAGCCUGACGGACCGGUACAACACGUCGAAGCUGAUGCAGGUGAUCCUGGCGCGGCAGAUGGCCAUCGCGGCGGACGCGUCCGGAAAGGGGCGGGUGCAGGUGACGACACUGAAUCCGGGCCUCUGCUCGACGGCGCUGUUCCGCAACGUGCCUUUCCCGCUGACGAUUGUCGUCAAAGUCGGGCUGAAGCUGCUGGCGCGGUCGGCCGAGGUCGGGUCGCGGUGCCUGACGGCGAGUGCGUUCGCCGGCGAGGAGGCCCACGGGCGGUACAUGAGCGACUGCGUCGUCGUGCGGUUCCCCAAGGUCAUGCAGGGCGAGGAGGGGGAGCAGAUGCAGGGGCGGGUGUGGGAGGAGACUGUGGAGCUGCUGAAUGGGGUUGAUCCUGGGGUUUCGAUGAAUCUUUGAUGAUGUGUUGCUUUGGUGGUUGGUGACUUUUUUUUUUCCUUCGAAAUGGACCAUGGUUCGUAUGAUGUUUUUGAUUGAGUCAAUAAUUUGCAAGAUACCUUUUUGAACAUGCGAACUGG